CAGUCUUUACUUAAGCAUCAUAAAUCCCUUGUUCUUCCCAUGGCCCCAUCAAUUCUCAAUUGCAUCCAGUAGUCACUUUCAACAACAAGGGGUUUCAUAAUCUUGCGCGCUAUGAGCGCUAUCUCAACCACUUUCGCCACCGCCCUCUUUAUCCAUCAUUCACUAUUCAUCCUUCCACCUUCCAAAAGUAUGGCCUAGAUAUCUUGGGGCUUAUCCAUAAUCUUGGUUGGGACUCGCUCUUUGAGAACCAAAGGUUCAGUCAAUGCCCUGAGGCAAUUGGAAUGUUCUAUGCCAGUCUGAAAAGGGGUCCUAGCCCAACUCCUUCCUCAUUCACCACUGUGGUGUAUCACCAUGAGAUACUGAUAACACCUUCUCUAUUAGCUGAAACCCUAGGGCUUCCCUGUCAAGGACCCUCUGGUGCUACCAAUGAUGACUUUGCCGAGAUUCGGUUUGACUAUGAGUCUGCAUUGGAAUCUCUCACCUUCAACAUUGGUUGUCACUUUUCCAAUAUGCUUUCAGCUAGAAGACUCGCGGAUCUUUUCAAAGUGAUGCACUUUUUCAUUACUCGCAUCCUGCUUCCUCGCAGCUUGUCCAGUGCUGAGUUAGCUCACCCUUCGAACGUCUGGAUCAUGGCUAAUGCACGAGAUAGGAUUCUUCUUAACUUCUCCUCACUCAUGUUUGCUCACAUGAUCGAGUAUGGUGAUGAGAAUUAUUAUGGUCCCCUCCCCUUUGGUCGUCAAAUAACUCGUCUCCUCUACACUCUUGGCAUUGACCUUUUAGACAAGGUCAUUGUUUGUGAUGUUCGAGACGAUUUGCGUGCUCAACAUAUUCUUGCUCGUGUCGAUGCUUCUGUUGGCAGACGAAAUCCUGUCAUUCGCUCAGGGGGAGAACAGUCUGCUGGUGUUUCUGCAAAUCAGCUGGUCCAUGCUCUACUAGAUGUUGCAUCUGUGGCAUUGGAUAAGAAAAUUCAAUCCAUCAAGAGCAAGGAGCUCUAUAGCUUAGAGUAAUCUGUUUAGGGGGAGUCCAUUGUUCUGGUUAGUUAAGGAAGAUUCUUGGUCAUCGAGUCAACAAGGUUGUUGGGGGUCAAUCUCUGUCUGUUUCAAGUCUUCUGUGUUGCUUGUUUUUAUUAAAAUAUGAAUAAAGAGGAUUCAAUCUCUUCUCCAGAUUCUAUAGCACUAGGUCAAGUAUACUCAUUGGAACAGGCUGCACCAACCGUUUGUUGAGUUGUGCAGAAAAUGUGUGAAAGCAGCAGAAGCAAGAGCAAAUGACAUGCUUAGGGGAGAAUGUUGAGAGAAGCAUAUCGAUGCCAGCCUGUGUAUUCUGGGAGGACGAGCAACAUGAAAAGAAAGUAAUUAAUGACGCAAAUCAGG